AUGACAGAAGAAGAGCACACAGCAAGAGACCCAACUACCGGAGCAGAAAACAUUCAACAACACGAACCAUCAUCCACUGAAAAUCAUUCCAUGUCGACUUCUAACACAACCAAUUCAUCAUCAUUGUCGCAGGACUGUACAUCAUCGUCGUCAUCAUUACAGGUACUGAAAGACCAACAACAACCAAUUGACCACCAAAACAACUCUACAACAACUGUUGCAUCUACUACUCUUAUCACUCCCAUCAACAAUGAAAGUAUACCACAUGACAAUGAUUCAACUCAGUCCAAAACCAUUCCGAACGACGUCGUUCCAUCAUCCCAUGUGGAUGACUCGCCACCUCUCAAUCGUGAUGAGAGAAGAGUCAAUGAGGAAUUUAAAUUGUUGGAGCAAAGUUUAAAUGGAGGAACAAUUCAUUCUUCUGAAAAUUCUCCAAGGACAGCUGCUGUUGAGACUACUGAUGGUGCUGCUGCUGUUGAUAAUGCCAAUAAUCAUGAGACCCAUCAUGAUGACAAUUCUUCUACUAACAACCAUGAGAUGGAUCACAAAAAUUAUUCCACUCCGACCAAAACAUCCCAAAAUGAAAGCAACAAUUAUCCAGAUUAUAGUAUCACCUCAACAGGCAGAAGAAUAAGAGACUCUCUGAUUAUUUGUAACGAGCCAACAACUACUAGCACUGUCCUCCCAUUUUCAACCCUAAGUCUUGCUAUUCAUGAUCAUUCACAUGGAGUGACCACUUCUCCAGCAAUUAGCAUUCAAUCGAGCCGAGUUCGGGAUAGCAUUUCCAGCACUGGAAGUACAAGUGUACCAAGUGGAGGAAAUACGGCUCGAAGAGGAAAAGAUAAGAAUCAACAAGUUUCAAUUGUGACAUCGACUCAAGUGGUGGAAAAUGUAACACCCACCAUUUCUGCAUCUCAAUCAAAACAACAAGAGCUGAUUACAUUGUUGCAUCGUUUAAUUUCUGAGCAACAAAUUGAUAAAUUGGAAAAGUUAUUGAGAGAGGAACAAGAAAAAGCAACUCAUGCCAAACAACAUGAUAAUUCCUCGCAAAAUAUUACUACUAUCCAACCCGAGACGACAUUCAAUGAUCAAAAUAAUUCCACAAAUUCCUCUAAGCCAUCCCAUCCUACAGACAGUAGUAAUGGCAGCACUAGUAGCAAUAGCAUUGGAGAAACUGAAAGUUCUGUUUCUACAAGCAACAUCCAAGCAGACAACAAGACAACAUCAAUGACAACAGACCAUGACAAUUCUGAAGUUAUAAUUCCAUUCAACGUCGAUACCAAUUAUGUUUCGGAGCAAACUGGACGAUCCCUACUCAUGACAGCCGUGGCUCACGAAAAUAUUAAAAUUAUUCGGCUUCUUCACAAGGAAUUUCAUGCCGAUUUAGAAUACAGAGACAAGAGAGGACGAAGUCCAAUCUUCUAUGCGUGCAAUGUGAGCCCACAUCGAACAGCAGCUAUUUUACAAUAUUUAAUUUCGGAGGGUGCUUGUGUGAAUAUUAUGGAUCAUGAGGGUUAUACUCCCUUCUAUUUGUGCAUGGAUUCACAAAAUUUCCAAGCAGCUAGUGUGUUGUAUGAACUUGGAAAAGCCAAUGUCAAUGUUCAAGUGGGAAGUGAUCGAAAUACCAUCAUUCACAUGGCCAUCAAGAAAGAUCUCAUUACGAGUGUACAUUUUCUUGUGAGUCGUUGCAAGUGUGAUUUGACCAUUCCAAACAUUAAUGGAGAAACUCCAAUUUUCAUUGCGUUGCAUCAUCCAGCCAUUUUGAAUCAGAUUUUAAUGGAUUUGAUAGAGAGAAAUAAGACUUCGUCUUAUGAAAAAUUUGAUGUCACUGCGCAUUACAAUUUGAGACCUCUAGAGAUUACAAACGAGAACAAUGACACUUGUUUUCAUGUUUGUGCAGAAUUUGGAUUAAUUGACUCUCUUGGAGAAUUACUGAGCGUGCUGCCUGAAGAGGUUGUGAGAAGACUAAGCUCCACACAAAAUAAGGACGGUAAUACUCCUCUCCAUGUGGCCGUGAAUCACAACCAAUCAGAAAUUACCUUCGUUUUACUCUUCAUUAACCCAGAUUGUAUUUUUAUUCAGAACAAUGAUUUGGACUCUCCACUUCAUAUUGCUCUCAAACAAGGACAUUUCUGCUGUGCUCGAAUUUUGUAUCCGCUGGCCAAAUAUCUCAAUUUGGAAAAUGGAGAGGGUCAAUCCAUUCAAUACCUUGUUCAAUUGUUUGGACAAGAACUUCGUCAACAAGAUGACACUCUCAAAAAUUUGACUGAGGGAGAAUUUUACAAACCAUCCUCAUACAAUUUUGAGUUAUUGCUACAAGACUUUUCUUUCAUUAGCAAAAUGAAAGAUUAUUUAACAACAAUAGGUCAGCAAGAUACUCUUUCUUUCUUUGAACACAUUAUGGAAUAUCAAUUAACUCCCACAAUUUCGGAAAGAUAUGAAUUGGCUGAAAAGAUUGUUUCAAAUUUCAUUGCUGAGAAUGCAACACACAAACUCAAAUUCAUCAAAUCGAAACGAGAGGAAUUCAUCCAACAAUGGAAGGAACAUUCAAAGGUCUUCUGUCCUGCCUAUCUCUUUGAGAAUUAUUUGGAUUUAGUGCUGGAUGAGUUGAGACAAAAUCUAUUCCCUAAGUUCUGUUCGUCGAAACUAUUUAAAACAUGGGUGGAGAACAAGAGAAAAUUGGAUCCAACCUUUUAUGUGAGAUUCAUGAAAAAGGAGACCAUUCAAUCCGAGCAAGAAAAAGAAGAUUCUUCACAACUUAAUUUGUUUGAAGACAAUUUGGAAGAACAAGAGCAAGAAAAUACAAAAGAUAGGAAAACAUGUAGCAAGUGUGGCGAUGUGCUUGUCGAUUUCAAGGAUCCAUUGUUUGUGAAAUCAGAUUUUGAUAAAGCAUUGGAUCAAUCCAUGGAUUUCACAGGAUGGACACAAAUUGAAUCAGAUUCAACACAACAAGGAAAGAUGUUUGUUAGUCCCAAGGGUGCACACAUUCACAUUGAAGCAAAGAAAAAGCACACUGCUCUACGAUUUUGUGGACAAAUUGAUCACUCGAAUCACAAUGUCUUUAACACAUGGAUUGAUCCAGAGUAUCUCUACAUGAGAGAUCCUAGUAUUUUGAGUUCCAAACAAAUUGAUUAUGUGUCAGGAAGGCAUUUUGCCUCUGCUAUUAUUCAUGACGUCUAUUCAAUGGCAUGGCCAAACUCCAAUCGAGAUUUCCUCACUGCACAAUGCUGUACUUAUCGAGAGAAUACUAGUACUUACAUUUUCCUUCAAAAAUCUGUGACAAAUGUGAAAUGCCCAGAGUCCUCCAAACAGGUUAGAGCCAAAUUGAAAACAUUUUUCAUUGUUGAACGAAUUAGCGACACUCGUUCCAAAUACACGUAUCAAAUCGUGAGCGAUUUUGGAGGCUUUCUUGGUUCGGAUUUUUUAGUGAACAUGUAUAAGGAACGAGGAAAUCAAUUCCAUCUUCUUUUGAAUCGAACUGUAAAUGCAAGACAAACUCUGAAAAAAGAGAGACCUAUCAAUGGAGGACUCGUAGAAAGUUUGGAAUUUUCAUUAUCUCACAUGGGAAAUAACGAGUAG